CUUGCCCCUCUUCCCGGCCCCUGCUGGCUGCUUCCUUGAUGCUCCCCAAUGUUAGCCGUGGGGCAGAUGGAGGCUAACCGCCAGGGCGCCUUCGUGCUGAGCAGUACGCCGCUGGCCGCGCUGCACAACAUGGCCGAGAUGAAGACGUCCCUCUUCCCCUACGCCCUGCAGAACCCGUCCGGCUUCAAGGCGCCCUCCCUGGGCAGCCUCAACGCGCAGAUCCCGCUGGGCACGCCGCAUGGAAUAAGCGACAUCCUCGGCAGACCCGUGGCGGGCGCCGCCGGCAACCUGCUCACCGGCCUGCCCCGCCUGAACGGACUGGCCACGGCUGCGGCGGCGGCGGCGGGGAUGUAUUUUAACCCGGCGGCCGUCUCCAGGUACCCCAAACCCCUGGCCGAGCUGCCCGGCAGACCUCCCAUUUUCUGGCCCGGAGUUAUGCAAGGAUCGCCCUGGAGGGACCCGAGGCUCGCCUGUCCCGCCCAGGCUGGGAUGGUUUUGGACAAAGAUGGCAAGAAAAAACACUCCCGACCAACUUUCUCAGGGCAGCAGAUUUUUGCUUUGGAGAAAACUUUCGAGCAAACCAAAUACCUGGCAGGACCAGAGAGAGCCCGCCUCGCUUACUCGCUGGGAAUGACGGAAAGUCAAGUCAAGGUGUGGUUCCAGAACCGGAGGACGAAGUGGCGGAAGCGGCACGCCGCCGAGAUGGCCUCUGCCAAGAAGAAGCACGACUCGGAGACGGAGAAGCUGAAGGAGAGCUCGGAGAACGAGGAGGACGACGAGUACAACAAGCCGCUGGACCCCAACUCGGACGACGAGAAGAUCACGCGGCUCCUGAAGAAGCACAAAGCCGCCGCUGCCGCCGCCGCCGCCGCCGCGCCCCUGGCCCUGCUCAGCCCCUGCAGCAACGCCUCGGAGCCGUCGUGACUGCGGCCCAGCCCUCGCCCGUCCGAUCGCCCUCCGCCUGCCCUCCCCCUCCGUCCUCUCCGGCCAAGCAGGGUAGCCGACGCCAGCAGCCAACCAGCCAGCAUCGGGCCUGGCCGCAGUGACGUCUUGUACAGCCCCCCACGUAGGGGAAAUAAUGUGUGUAUAUAUAUUUUUACAGAAUAAGUUAUGGGGAUGAAGGAUCGUCCUUUUCCUCCUGCCGUGUACGUCACACACCCACACCCACAGAGGAAGACAAACCAAACAAAAAAAGCUUUCCAACUUUUACUGGGUCUUUCCCUGCUUUGUUUUCUCUCUUGCCCCCCCCCCCCGCCUUUCACCCCUGUCCUGCCUUUGGACAUAACAAACUGGGAUCUGCAACCCCAUCAGAUUAGCCCGAUUAAUGUAAAAGAAACUGCUCAGAGCAAAGGGAUUCGGGGUUGCAACCGAUCCGAUCCCAAGCAGACGUCACUGGGAAAUUAGUUCCAUCGAAAUCCAAAGGACUUUGCUGAUCAGCUGCGAUCCUCAGCAUACUUACUAGGAGGUAAGUCCCAUUGAACUCAGAAGGGCUUACUUUUGAGUAAACAUGUUUAGGGUCAGGCACCAAGUAUGUUCGGGGAUGGAAUUCUAAUAAGUAGGGCCGCACUCCUGUGCACGCUUACUUGGGUGUAGGCUCCAUAGAAUUCAAUGGGAUUUACUACUGAGUAUGCAUAGGUGUGCACCGGACCUGAUUUUGAUACCAUAGACUGAGAUCCUGUGUAAACCCCCUUGGGGGUUCCUUCCAAGCAAGCAUAUAAAAGAUCUGGCUGCACCUGUGUAGAAUAAGCAUAGUUACUCCAAAAUAUGCCCCACUGAGUUGAAUGAGGCUUACUCUUUCAUAAUAAUUGUGCCUGGAGUAGCAGCAGGCUUAGUUUUCAGUAAGUUAACUUCCCAGUGACACCCUGAUCCUAUGCACACUUGCCUGGAAAGAAGUGCCAUUGAAAUCAGUGGGGCUUGCUUGCAAGUAAAUGGACUUAGGGUGGGGUAGAAUUGCUUAUAUUUAGGAUGGCUGCCUUUUAUUGUUUUUAUUUUUUACACCACCCACCAUCUCCCUGGUAGCUCUCCUGCUCCUCAGUCAUUAUUUUGUUACUAUUUUGAGUAUGAGUUGCCAGCUUCAGCUCAGCUACUUUGUAUAUAGGAAAUUACAGAUUUUUGUGAUGUAUAUUUCUAGUGUUGAAGGGGGCCGUUUUCUUUCCCCCUCUCUUCUGUUUUGAGUUUGGAUGGCUUGACUUCUCUUCCCUCUUUGAGUUGUGUAUGUGGCUUUUCCACCACCCCCUUCAAAAAAGAAAAAAAGAAAGAGAGAAAAUAAGGGAGAGAGAACUGCAACACUUGAUUUUCAAUUGGCUUCAAACUCUUCAAGUUGGAAAGACUUUGUAUAAAUCAAUAAAUUAUUUAACAAGCUUC